AUGGUGAACCUCGCUGACGCGCAGAAGGUGUUCACCCUGGUGAUGUCGCUGAGCAAGCAGAAGCAGUUCGUAGAGUUCUUCCAAAAAGCAGGUCUGCUGGCGACGCUUCUCGAGGCGACAGUCAAGGCCGGCACCAGCGGCGCGACGUUCCUCGUGCCGUCCCCCGACGCGCUGCAGUCGCUGCCGCCCGCGUCGCCGUACAUCAAUAACCCGUUGCUCGCGCGCGCCACGCUCCGGUACCACAUGAUCCUCGGAAACAAAUUCGACUACACGAAGCUUGUCGAAUUUUCGGCCAAUAGAAAGUUCGCGACGCUCGCCAAGCGGCCCGUGUUCAAGUCGGACGAGAGCGCGUUUUUCACGGUCGUGUUUCGGUCGGGCAGCGGGCGGUCGAAAUCGACGAUGAUCGCGCCCAACCUCGCCAACACCACCUCCUUCCAACUCCACCUCGUCGACGCGCUCCUUAUCCCCGAUGACGUGUACCGCGCCCCGCCCGCGGAUGACGGCGGUGAUGACGGCGACGCGUCCCCUCCUCCCCCUUCCCCGUCUCCGCCCACGUCGCCCCCCAAGUCCCCGCCUCCCCCAUCAACUCCCCCCGCUUCCCCCCCUCCUGUGGUCAGCUCUCCGCCUCCGCCCACGCCGGUUACCUCCUCCCCCCCGCCUCCUGUAGUUACACCGUCGCCUCCCCCCGCUGUUACCGCGUCGCCUCCCCCCGCUACUACCGCUUCUCCCCCGCCCCCCACGGGCGGGAUUGCGUCCCCCCCUCCCCCCAUCUAA